AUGGAGCCCCCCGCAGUGGCCCUCCUCACAGCCACCCACAGCAUGUGCCAAGGUGAGCCCUGCUGUCCACAGGAUGUAGAGAGGAAGAGCCCGGGAUGCUGCGAGGCCCCAAAGGAGCCGUGCCUGUCCUUUUCCAUCGAGGCAAUCCUGAAGAGGCCCAGUGAGGGGACUGCCGUGGUUAAGCCAGAAGGCACAAGUGGAGCGGGCACUAGGCGAGCCGCAGCCACAGGCUCCCGGCUGGAAAAGCCCCCACAGGACCAGCCCCAGGAAGAGAGAAAGAGCAAGCGGAGGGUUCGAACCACCUUCACCACAGAGCAGCUGCACGAGCUGGAGAAGAUCUUCCACUUUACCCACUACCCAGAUGUCCACAUUCGCAGCCAGCUGGCAGCCAGGAUCAACCUCCCAGAAGCUCGGGUGCAGAUCUGGUUCCAGAAUCAGCGAGCCAAGUGGCGGAAGCAGGAGAAGAUGGGUGGCCUUGGCGCUCUGCAGCAGCUGAGUGAGGCUGACUUGGCCCAGCCCUCAAAUCUGGAUGUGGCUGGCCCCAUGCUGAUGCCCACUGCUCUACACAGGCUGGCUCCCUCCAUGGGCUAUUAUCCUCCUGCUCAAGGUCAGCUGACCUCUGCCUGGUUCCCUGCCUGGAUCACCCUCCUCCCCCAGUACCCAUGGGACAUGCAGCCUCACUGGGGCCCUGUCAUCCAGCAGACCUGCGUCCCUGCCCUCCAGUUCCUUCCACCUCCACACCCCAAAUGGGGCAGUUUCUGUGCCACUUCGACAUAG